AGAGAGAGAGAGAGAGAGAGAGAGAGAGAGAGAGAGAGAGAGAGAGAGAGACACACACACACAAAGAGAGUGAGCGACAGACGAGAGAGAAAGAGAGAGAGACCCCGUGGGCACAACUCAGACACUGAAACAGUCAUCAUCUUCCAAGGACCAGAACAACACAGGUGAGAGAGACAAGAGAUUCUGACCAUGGCGUCGUUCGAACCUCAGGGCCAGUCUCCUCCUUGCUGUGGCCCCCAGUUCCCCAGCUUGGGCCAGGAACCUACAGAACUCAGCAUGUACAGUGACUGCUACUAUCCUCCGCCAUCGCUCCCCAGCCCCCAGCGCACCCCCGACACCUCCUAUGACUACAGCACCUCCUCCCCCAACCCUUACCUGUGGUUCAACGGAUCCAGCAUCAACGCUCCCCCUUACCUGGCCACUGCCGGGCCUCCAGGUAACCCCGGGCCCCCCUUCGUCCCCCAGCACUACGGAAUGCAGAGGCCCUACCUGGGGUCCAGCGGGGCGGGGGUCCCUGGGGGGGAGCUGAGCUGGUUCUCUCUGCCCUCACAGGAAGACCUGAUGAAGCUGGUACGCCCGCCCUACUCCUACUCUGCCCUCAUCGCCAUGGCGAUCCACGGCGCCCCGGAGCGGCGGCUGACCCUGAGUCAGAUCUACCAGUAUGUGGCCGAUAACUUCCCCUUCUACAACAAGAGCAAGGCUGGCUGGCAGAACUCGAUCAGGCACAACCUGUCACUUAACGACUGCUUCAAGAAGGUCCCCAGAGACGAGGACGAUCCCGGUAAGGGUAACUACUGGACACUAGACCCAAACUGUGAGAAGAUGUUUGACAAUGGAAACUUCCGUCGUAAAAGGAAGAGGAAGUCUGAUUCGCUGUCUGAAGGAGAGGGGGAGUCAGUAGGGCUGGAGUCAGGUGAUCCCGAUGACCGGGGGAGUCCCCAACCCCCCAGCAACCAUGGGAUCGACAUGUCCCAGACGCCAGAGAGAAUCCCCUCCCCUUCCUCCUCAGGUACCGCCCCUUGCCUGAGCAGCUUCCUGUCUGAGAUGUCUGGAGUGGUAUCUGGGGGAGCCAAUGUAAUCGGAGGAGAUUCGCUGAACCAUGCCCUGCCCAUAACCCUUACCCUGGACGGGACCCAGAGGCCUACACAGCCUGGGGGUUUUGGUAGUUACUGCCUCAGCUCAGGUGCUUUGGAGUGGGCUUCCCAGCUACCGCCUCCUCCUGGCCUCUCCUCCUCGCCCACCCACUCCUCCCUGGGUUACAGCAGCCCCAUCCUCAGCCAGUUCAAUGGGCAUUUCUACCCUGGCUUGGGCUCAGCAAGCAUCCUAUACCCACAGGAAGGCACAGAGGUCUGAACAGACUGAUAGAGGGGGAGACAGGAAUGGGCAGGAGACAACUAGAGGUCUGAAGAGACUGAUAGAGGGGGAGACAGGGUUGGGCAGGAGACAACUAGAGGUCUGAAGAGACUGAUAGAGGGGGAGACAGGGAUGGGCAGGAGACAACUAGAGGUCUGAAGAGACUGAUAGAGGGGGAGACAGGGUUGGGCAGGAGACAACUAGAGGUUUGAAGAGACUGAUAGAGGGGGAGACAGGGUUGGGCAGGAGACAACUAGAGGUCUGAAGAGACUGAUAGAGAGGGAGACAGGGUUGGGCAGGAGACAACUAGAGGUCUGAAGAGACUGAUAGAGGGGGAGACAGGGUUGGGCAGAAGACAACUAGAGGUCUGAAGAGACUGAUAGAGGGGGAGACAGGGUUGGGCAGAAGACAAUUAGAGGUCUGAAGAGACUGAUAGAGAGGGAGACAGGGAUGGGCAGGAGACAACUAGAGGUCUGAAGAGACUGAUAGAGGGGGAGACAGGGAUGGGCAGGAGACAACUAGAGGUCUGAAGAGACUGAUAGAGGGGGAGACAGGGAUGGGCAGGAGACAACUAGAGGUCUGAAGAGACUGAUAGAGGGGGAGACAGGGAUGGGCAGGAGACAACUAGAGGUUUGAAGAGACUAAAGAAAGAAGGAGAGGGAGAAAGAGACUUCUACCUGAGACUGAACUGUCUGCACACACACACACACACACACACACACACACACACACACACACACACACACACACACACACACACACACACACACACACACACACACACACACACACACACACACACACACACACACACACACACACACACACACACACACACACACACACACACACACACACACACACACACACAGUAGUCCGUUAGCACUGACAGGGCAGGGCUUAGUUGCAUGUGACAGCAGGAUGAGCAGGGCCUGGUUCCCAAGGAAACAGCAGAGUCAGCCAUGACACACAAAUCUAUAAUUGCUGACUGUCAUCACAUUUUGUAUAUAUUUGUAUUUGUAUUUAAGGAGUGUAUUUUAUUGGUUAUGUAUGUGUUUUUAUAUCUGAGUGCUUGCGUCUAAAACAUUUGUUCAACAUGUGCCAUUGUAGAAUAGUGAUUUGCGAUGGACGCAGACCUGGGUUCAGAUACAUGUGUAUUGAGUAUUUGUUAUUCAAAUAUUUUGUUCUGUGUAUUUAAGUAUUGUCAAAUAAACAGCUCAAAACAAGUACUUUUAAUUGAGCAUUUGAAUGGUUAUUUGUGAAAAAAAACAAAUAGUCAACCAAAUUGAAUCUGAAAGUAUUUUCAAAUAUUUAUUUCAUAUACUCGUAUUUGAGUCAGUGUAUUUGAGUAUUUCCUACUACUUUCUAAGUCUAUUUACAAAUAAAUGUCAAUAUUCAGCUACUUGGUUUUUUUCAAAUAAAUUUGAUCUGAAUACGUGUUUUAAAUUGUAUUGAAAAGUAAUUGAAAUACCUUAAAUAGCAUUUGAACCCAGGUCUGGUAUGGCUUAUACCAACAUUGGUCUGAUGUUUGUUUUUGAUAAGAAAAAUAAAAUACAGAAAAACUUUC